AUGGUGCCUUCCAUGCUUAUGGAGGGCGCCCUCCGCCUGAAGGUGGCGGAGGCGCUAGAUUGUGUUGGAACAUUAAAUGGAACGCAUAUACGUGUUAAGGUAUCUGAUGUAGACACACCUAGCUAUAGAGGAAGAAAGGAUUGGCCAAUUGUGAAUGUGUUGGUGGCAUGGUCCUUCGACCUGAAGUUCACAUAUAUCUUAUCUGGGUGGGAAGGAAUUGCAUCUGAUUCUCGAAUCGUCAAAAAUGCUCUAUAUAGAUGUGAUAAAUUAUUAAUUCUUCAUGGUAAAUACUAUUUAGUUGACUCUGGGUUUAUGCUGAAGAGGGGUUUAAUUAUCCCUUAUCGAGGAAGUCAUUAUCACUUAAAGGAAUACUCGAGAUGUGGCGCUACAAAUGCAAAAGAGUUAUUCAAUCUUAGACAUGCAUCUCUUCGCAAUGUAAUCAAGAGAGCUUUGGGGGUUCUAAAGAAGAGGUUUCCUAUUAUUGCUAGCGGAACAAAACCUCACUAUGAAAUUAGCAUUUGCACAGAUAUUAUCUUAGCAUGUUGUAUUCUUCAUAAUUUCUUAAUGAGGGUGGAUCUAGAUGAGAGGUUGAUUAGUGAAGUAGAUUAUGCAUUGAAUACAAAUUAUGACAAUGAAGUAAGUUGCAAUGAGAGACAAGACGAUGACCAGGCAAGGGAAUAUGAUUAG